GUAAACAGCGCGGCAAGCUGAUCGCAAAAGCAGGGGAGCCAGUCUAGUCAAGACCCAAUUUAAUUACUGCUGACGUUGGCGACUUGGUAAAACACUGAUAGUGAAUCGCAGCGCGAUGGUUAAUAAAGAAAACGCCCGCAGUGUGGGCCAGCAGGUGAAGUGGAUCGGAAGCCAAGACGCACUGCCGCCAGUAAAGAAUCUGGAGCACAAGAACGUCUACUGCUACCAGAAGUGCAUCUAUGGUCCGCUGACUUUGUCCGUUGGCGAUUUUAUACUGGUGUCGAACGCGGAUGCUGCUGAACCGGACACAGUGAGUGGAUGCGACGUGGCACGGAUCUUGCACAUGUAUGAGCUGCGCGAGUUAACCGAUCGCGAACCCUGUCGCGCCAUCGUCCAGUGGUAUUCCUGGCCGAAAGCCAUUCCGCACAACAAAUACGACGACGACAAGGUGGCUAUAGACUUUAGCCUGGAGGUGAUCGAGGAGCAUCGCCCGUACGAUAACGACGUCGCUCUUGGUGCCAUCUACCGCAAGUGCAUCGUACUGGAAGGCACCUCUGAAAAGUCCGCGCAGGAAAUUCUCAGCCGACACUCCAACAAACUGAAGUCCACAGCCUGUCCAAUGUUUGUCAGCCGGUACAGGUUUGUCAAGGUGAAGCGGAGAUAUCGCUUAAUUCCCUUGGAAAUUCACUUGGAGCAGCCGGAGGACAAUACCCGGCCAUCUCAUUCGUCACGCAAAUCUCUAACUGCACACAGAGAAUCCAAGCGAUCAGUAUCCGCCCUCCACGAUGACAUAUCUAGCGAGAAACGACGACGUGCAUCAAUGGCAGGUGCGAAUUCCGUGGAGUUCAUCGAUGUCAACUGCUUCAGCUGCGAAAAUAAGGUGUCGCCCAUCAAGAUCGUGGGCGGACGCAGUGUAGUACGGUUGUCUGAGAAGAAAACGGCCCCGGAGAUUAAUGCCAACUAUCUUCCGGCUUCUCCCCUCACUGAAAAGAAUGCCAAGGUGGAGACGCCGAAAUCCCGGGCCUCGGCAGCCCGCCGCAACCUUAAUCUCAGCUUAGAUCGAGGAGCGGAUACCACAGCCGACUCGGACUGCCUGAAUUACUCAAUUGUUCAUCAAACUCCUGAUACCAAAACGCCCUCCAACGACAUGAAGAUCAAGUUGCGUCUGUCGGAGAGAAGGCGUUCGGUGCGUCUCGCAUCCAUGGACUCGGAUCCCUUGUCGUUAGAGGAGACCGUACAAGAACCCAAUGCCCAAGGACGAAAGCGAUUGGGCGUGGCCAGUGACGAUAUCUACCAUACCCCCACCAAGAAAUCCAAAGAGCCUUUGGGCGUUACCGAGCAAACGCCCUCGACAAGGCGUAAAAGCAUCCUGAAAUCAGCCACCAGUCGAUUGGCCGAGGGCACGCCCAGACGUAGUAUUCAUUUGUCUAACAUUGUGGAGCAGCGCGUGUUUAAGGAUGAUGAAGUAAUAUCCACUCCAAAAAGGGGGCGUUCUAAGAAAACAGCUCAAGACGGGGACGAGGACUACUCGCCAAAAAAGCCAGUCCAAAAGACGCCUACGCGAACGCGUCGUUCAAGCGCCACCACCAAAACAGCGACGACACCCAGCAAAGGGAUCACAACCGCAACUGCACCGAUGACGCCCUCCCAAAAAAUGAAGAAGAUUCGAGCUGGUGAACUUAGUCCCAGCAUGCAACAGCGCACUAACCUUUCGGUAAAGGACUCUAGCAAAUCGGAACUGCAGCUGGCACGGGAACAGCUUCACGUGUCUGUUGUGCCAAAAAGUUUGCCGUGCCGCGAACGGGAAUUUGAAAACAUUUACGCCUUUCUGGAGGGCAAGAUUCAGGACCAGUGCGGCGGCUGCAUGUAUGUGUCUGGAGUUCCGGGCACUGGCAAAACUGCCACUGUGACUGGAGUCAUACGCACCCUGCAAAGGCUGGCAAAGCAGAAUGAGCUUCCUGCCUUUGAGUACCUGGAGAUUAAUGGCAUGCGACUAACUGAACCGCGUCAAGCCUACGUGCAGAUCUACAAACAGCUCACGGGCAAGACUGUGUCCUGGGAGCAGGCACACGCUCUUCUGGAGAAACGGUUCACUACUCCGGCGCCUCGUAGAGUUACCACUGUGCUACUGGUUGAUGAGCUGGAUAUCUUGUGCAACCGGCGCCAAGAUGUGGUCUAUAAUUUGCUCGACUGGCCCACCAAGUCGGCGGCCAAGCUAGUAGUGGUCACCAUUGCCAACACCAUGGACUUGCCUGAGCGCUUGCUGAUGGGUAAAGUCACAUCUCGUCUUGGCCUAACCCGCCUUACAUUCCAACCGUACAGCCACAAGCAGCUGCAAGAGAUCGUUACCGCCCGCUUGGGAGGAUCUGAAGCAUUCAAAGGUGAGGCCGUGCAGCUAGUGGCGCGCAAGGUAGCCGCCGUUUCCGGGGACGCUCGCCGAGCUCUGGACAUCUGCCGGCGUGCUACAGAAAUUGCUGAUAUGGCUGCGGUCAAGUGCGUAACAAUGCUCCACGUACAGCAGGCAUUGGCCGAGAUGAUAGCCAGUGCCAAGGUGCAGGCCAUUAGAAACUGCUCGCGGAUGGAGCAGAUCUUCUUGCAGGCGGUAGUAGCGGAAGUUACACGCACAGGCGUCGAGGAGACGACUUUCAUGGGUGUCUACCAGCAGGUGGAGACCAUCGCCGCCUUCAUGGGCGUGACCUUUCCACCACCAGGACGCGCCCUUCGCCUAUGCUCCAAGCUGGGCGCGGAGCGACUCAUCAUUAGUGAACACUCCCGCAAUGACCUCUUUCAGAAAAUCCUGCUAAACGUCAGCGCUGAUGACAUUCACUACGCCCUCAGAGUAGCAGAGAUGGUCAACUAAAAUAAGAAUAACGAACAAGAAUUAACGAACAGAAAGCUAUUCAAGCAACUAUAACCUUAAAUUCUCAUCUGCAUUUUUAACACUCAAAUCAAGCUUGCUUGAACCGUUCGCCACGCUACACAUUUUUAUAUAAUUCAUUAUUCAUAAAACAUUGUAAUAGCUUAAGCGUUUUUAAAUUAUUUCUUUUUUAAGCGUCAAGUUUAAACAAUUUAAAGUACAAACUCGUUACUAAAAAUACCAAAUAAAACACCAGCACAGUGUAA